GCGGCCUGCGUGAGGCCCGUGGUGGUGACGGGGACCUCGGCGGCGGCCUGUCCGGUCCGGAGCCCCGCCCCACCUGCUCCCUGCCCACCGGUCUGUCCGCCCUUCCCGAGGACGCGGGCGUCGAAGACGCGUGAUGGCAGCCUCGCUUCUGAUGGCCGGUUCCCAGACGCCUGUGACGUUUGAGGACGUCGCCGCCUACUUGACCCGGGAAGAGUGGAGGCCGUUGGACCCCGCUCAGAGGGACCUGUAUCGGGAGGUUGUGCAGGAGAAUUUUGGAGACAUGGUGUCACUGGACUUUACGAUCGGCGGCGAGAACGAGGUGAUCCCCAAGCAGGAGGUGGUGGACGAGGGGUACGGGGUCCUCCCGGGGCGGCCCAAGGGCGGCGAGCCCCAGGACCUGGAGUUCGACGGCGGCGGCGGCGGCGGCGGCGGGCUGACGGCGCGGCCCUGGGCGGCGCUGGCGGCGGAGGGCUGGGCCGGCUACCCCCCGGCCCAGGUGGCCGACCUCCUGGCCCAGGCGGAGGCCCUGGGGGACGGGGCCGGCGCGGGCGGGGCCGGGGCCGGGGCGGGCGGGGGCCGCUUCCUCAAAUGCCCCGAGUGCGGGAAGGGCUUCGGCCAGACGUCGGACCUGAACCGGCACCGGCGCACGCACUCGGGCGAGCGGCCCUACAAGUGCGGCGAGUGCGGCAAGUCGUUCAGCCGCAGCUCGCACCUGAUCCAGCACCAGCGCACGCACACGGGCGAGCGGCCCUACGACUGCAGCGAGUGCGGCAAGAGCUUCGGCCGCAGCUCCCACCUCAUCCAGCACCAGACCACCCACACGGGCGAGAAGCCCCACCGCUGCGGCGAGUGCGGCAAGUCGUUCUGCCGGGCCUCGCACCUGCUGCAGCACCAGCGCACGCACACGGGCGAGCGGCCCUUCGCCUGCGCCGAGUGCGGCAAGGGCUUCGGCCGCAGCUCCCACCUGGCGCAGCACCAGCGCACGCACACGGGCGAGAAGCCCUACGCCUGCGGCGAGUGCGGGCGCGGCUUCAGCGAGCGCUCGGACCUGAUCAAGCAUUACCGCGUGCACACGGGCGAGCGGCCCUACCGCUGCGAGGACUGCGGCAAGCACUUCAGCCAGAACUCGGACCUGGUGCGCCACCGGCGCGCCCACACCGGCGAGCGGCCCUACGAGUGCCGCCAGUGCGGCGAGAGCUUCAGCCGCAUCUCCCACCUGGCCCAGCACCGCCGCACCCACACCGGCGAGCGGCCCUACGAGUGCCGCCAGUGCGGCAAGGGCUUCAGCCGCAACUCCCACCUGGCCACCCACCAGAAGACCCACACGGGCGAGAAGCCCUACGCCUGCGGCCAGUGCGGGCGCGGCUUCGGCGAGCGCUCGGACCUCGUCAAGCACCAGCGCACGCACACGGGCGAGAAGCCCUACGAGUGCGCCGAGUGCGGCAAGGGCUUCACCCAGAGCUCCAACCUCCUCACCCACCAGCGCACGCACACCGGCGAGCGGCCCUACGAGUGCGACGAGUGCGGGCGGGCCUUCAGCCGCAGCUCGGCCCUCAUCAAGCACAAGCAGGUCCACGGCGACUAGGCGCG